AUGUCUGUGUGUGCAGCUCCCACGGUCCUCGCUCGUACGUCUACUUUCCUUUCUUUCGCGAUCGUGCGGGUUCUACUUGGAGCUGAAACUGAUCAAUGUCUCAUGGUUGGUUGGUUUGGGACGGCUAGGUUCCUGCCGUUCUUCGCCGCUCGUUGGUCUCCCUUUACCUGGUUCCUGGCCGAGCCCCCGUCGCGCUUUCUCGUUUCCGUUCCUUUUUUUAUCUUUGUAUAA